GUUGUGAAUGAGCAGAGACACUAGUACAACCAGCCGAGCGAGAAUGGCAGACGCUUCAAAAAGAAGACGUACUCAGGUAGGUGCUCUCGAUGGCCAUAACUGAACAAGCAGAAACAUCUUCGGCGCCGAGGUCGAGCCGCAAGCCGCGAAGGGGAGCGAACGCAGCCAAAGUCUUGGAAAACCGGGGGCGAAAAUUUUCCGAGGUGUCCCGAUCUUCGCGCUGACACUCCUCCCAUGGCCGGCGCCAGUGCGUCACAAGCGGGCGCAAGAGAGGACGGCGGAAAGAAAAAGAUCAGCAACAACGGCGCGGCCUUCGACGGGUACAGAUGUCGCGCCGCGUACCGGAAAACGAUAUCGCUGGCGCAGAGCAAUCCAACAAGGAGGCGCGCCGCGCUUGUUGCUAGUCCGUCGCCCCCGCUGCGCCCGUGGCGCUUUUGGGCCGACCUGGCCCGCUGGCCAGCCGCUGCGCAGGCAGGCCCUCCGUCCGUGCCUCGCGGCGCCUGGCGGUGUUCUUUCAUGUAUCCCAUCGCCAGAAGGCCCACCCCGUUCGGGGCCGUGGCGGCUCCAAUAUGUCCGUGGCCGGCCGGGCAGGCCUUGGCUGUCUGUGUGACUGAGCGGCCCCCGUAG